UUCUUAUGCUAUAAGCGCUUUCAUUAAAGACACGUACAAGUUUUUAUCAAAAAUCCAACGAUGUCAUGAAAAAUCAUCUGAUAUAUGCUUUUUUCACAAAAUGUUUUUAUGUUGUGGAAGGCACUCCUAACUAUUUAUACUAAAUACAGUUAGAAGCAUUCUUAGUUGUCAAUAAAAACAUUUUUAGGCGUUCAAUAAGAACUGCAAGCUGGCAGUACAUCUAACCAUUCACAACUUCGACUAGUCAAACCAAUCAAAAGUGCUUGUAAUCAAAGCACUUUGCAGAACAGGGCCACUUCUGUUUCAAACAGUGCUUGCAAUCAGCAAUUUCAAAAGCAAAACCAUUCAAACACAAACAUCCCACCUUUAGCUCCACCAAAACCCUCUUUUGCAAAUACCACUUCUACCCCUCAAUCAAAAGCUUCUUUUCCUUUACUUGCUUUAAUCAAUUUCCUCAUUUAUUUAAACAAACAAUUAUCUUCAUCUUCCCCCUUCAUUACUAGGUCCAGCUGUUUUGCUUCCGGUUGUUCUUCACAGAUGUUAGCCCUCCCACCUCCACCGCCGUCUCCAGUUCCACCUUCGCCGCUACCUCAACCCCCGCCCCAACGGCAUACCAGACGCACGCCCCGAUCCACAAGGCCAACGACACCAAUCUCCUCCAGACAAAUCAUCAUAUCAAAGUUCGCUCCGAAUCGAGAAGCCCCAGCACCUGAUGAAGAAAAUCUAGUCUCAAGUAAACCGACAAAGCAAACAAUACUCCGGCAACCUCAACGGACAAAUCCGCUUAUAUGGUGCUGUGCAAUUGCGUGUCUCAUAUUUAGCCUUAUUCUUAUUUUCUUUGGAAUUGCAACUUUGAUACUCUUCCUAGUUAUUAAACCAAAAACUCCAUCAUUUGACAUCCCCAAUGCACGCCUCAACACUAUCUACUUCGACUCACCUGAAUACUUCAACGGCGACUUCACUUUCCUCGCAAAUUUCUCCAACCCUAAUCGGAAAAUCGAUAUAAGAUUUGAGUAUCUGGAUAUGGAGCUUUACUUUUCUGACAGGCUCAUAGCAACUCAAUCUCUUGCACCUUUCACACAAAGACCUGGAAAAGGAAGGUUGGGAUCAGUUCGCCUAAUAUCGAGCUUGGUUUACCUGCCUGUCAAUCACGCUGUGGCACUUCGGACGCAGGUGCAGAACAAUCAGGUCAACUAUAAUAUGAGAGGAACAUUUAAAGUGAGAGCCAGUCUAGGUAUGAUCCAUUUUUCUUACUGGUUGCAUAGCAGAUGCCAGUUACAGAUGACAGGUCCACCAACGGGUGUUUUAGUAGCAAGAAGUUGCAAAUCUAAAAGAUGAUCAGGAGAACUAUUUCCUGGUAUCUUCCUUCUAUGCUCUUAUUAUGUCUACAUUGAAACCUAAAUGUAUAAAGGUUAUAUCAUAUGUAUAAAUAUGAUACAUAAGCAUUCUUUUCUACAACUUACGAAGUAGUUUUUUCUUUUCUGUUUUUGCAUUCAGACAUUCGGUUGGCUCUAUCACAAGUCCCUUAGCAACAAAACCUACAGGACACACUUAUCAUCUAGAACAAAUACGGUACACAAGAAAUGGGACUAAAAAACAGAGGAAACACGAUAGCCUCGUCUGCAGAACAGAAAAAAAAAAAGGUCUGCUGAAUUGGAACUGAACAGAGGAAUCAGAAGCACUAGCAAGAGAUGUAUGGAGAUUCAACUAGGAUCCUGCAAAGAUUUGGGCAUAACUUCUCCCUUGUUUUAAUACUGACACGUUAAUCCGUUAUGGUGCUCCACCACUGCACUACCACUUUAAUAUGUUUACUUAAUUAAAAGAAUUCAUAUAAAAAGCAAUGUUCGGUCCAAAAUUUUACAGAAAGUCAACCAGAGAUUGAAUUAAGACAAGAGCAGGAGAAUCCAGCUACAGGUUUGUAUUUGUUGGGGGUACUUUUCUAGAUUGUUUCUAUGUCAAAAGUGUCCUAAUCAGAAAUCACCUAAUAUAUUAUAUCUUUCUUUUCUAGAUUUAAAGAGAUUGAUUUGUGGUUUAAAGAAACGCCGCAAGAUCACUGUCGGAUGUUCAAUACGACUGUGUACUAGACAAUCAACAAUGUUACGUAAUGGACAGCUGGUGGCUGGAGAGUAGCCAGCAGAUGAAAACUAGCACAACCUCUAUACUUUGUACUAAAAUUUCCACUGGACGACAAUACAUAUCUAAACUACCUUAUGGUAAAGAAACCACAACGAGAUUCAGUCUGCAAAUCAACGAUUUCCAUUAGAAUUAUUGAUCCCUCUAAGUGCUAUAUCGUUAGGUCUCAUUAUUUGCCUUAAAAACAUAUCCAGUGUAUUAUGCCAAGUUAAUCAAUGUUCGCCACAAGGUUUUCACCAAUAUGUAAUUCAAUUAUGCAUAAAGAUUCAAGAAAGCAUAUGUUCACAUUCUAACAAAUCUUAUGAGCACUACGUGUACAACAGUUCUGAAAAUUCAGACCAACAACCUCAUUAUAAGAUCAUCGAAGCAAUAUAUAAGAGCAAAAAUU